UCACUCGUUGACCCCAUUGCUCCAUCACCUUGCUCAAACAAUUCGAAGCAAACUCGGUGACCCGGAACACUCGACAGUCUAUCAAGUCACAUUUGCAUAGAUCCCAACUGCCGAUCGUCUAUCCCGUUGCGGUCACCCUUCACUUGCCUUCUGGAACGCUUCAUUCGCCGUAUUUCAAAAUGGCAAACUCCACAAGUGCUGGAAAUAAGAAGGCACUCCUCAUUGCAGUCCGAUCUGUGAAUAAAAAAGAUUUUCCUCCCUUGCAGCAUGCCCACGAGGACGCCGAAUCGCUUAAACGCCUCCUUAUCGAUAAGUUCAAUUACCCAGAAGCGAAUGUUGUCCUGAUGAAGCAUGAUGUGGAGCACCCAGAACAUCUCUGGCCAUCACGGAAAAACAUACUCAAGCAGAUCAAAAAGAUGGUUGUUAAUGCAUCCUCAAAUGAUCAAUUUUUCUUUUAUUAUUCCGGCCAUGGAAACCAAGUAACUUGCGAACAUCAUACGGAAACAGAUGGAAAGGAUGAAGUCAUAUACGCGUACACUGGCCACCAUAUAGUUGAUAAUAAACUAAGAAAGGUACUGGUAGAACCUUUACCUCGAGGCAGUAAACUUUUCGCACUGUGGGACUCUUGCCACUCUGAAACGAUUUUGGACCUGGACCACUACAAGUGCAACAAGUUAUUGUCUGGAGACGCUGUGAGGACAGGGCGAAAGUCACUCACGGGACGCUUCUUGUUAGAUUUCGUGUCGAGACCAAGGACGCUCCCAAUCAACAAUCAACAACCUAUACCGCGUGGUCGUACGGGAAAUCCUUCGCUGACGUUAAACAGCAUUCUUGUGCGACCUCAAUCUCCCAGUAGCUGGCUUCCUCGCAUGUUUAUUGACAACUCACCCUCUCCUCUCCUUCGGGUUUUGUCCCCAGUCUCUUUGUUCAAGUGUUCGGGUGACUGUCGAAAACUGGACCCAGAAGAGCAGGAAGUAGCACAUGUAGUCUCAUUGUCGGCAUGUCGUGAUAAUGAAUAUGCGUAUGAUGAUAAUGAGACUCAUGGGACUGUAACUAAGUUCUUUAUUGAAUGUGUAUCACAAGAUCCUAAACCAUCGCUGCUCGCCUUGCUCACAUACAUCAAGUUUGCCUUCCAUCUUUUACCUGAUUCUUCCUGACAAAUACCCAAGGGAUCGCGUGGAUAAAUUGAACGAGAAACGGCAGCUGCAGCUCAAGAUUACUGACCGUUGCGCUACCGAUGUUA